CCGAGUUUCGCCGUCGCCGCAAAUUUGACCUCCAUUUGACCGCAGCUGCGCCAUAGCCUUGGCAACGCGCCACAUGACUCGCCUCGCCGGGCUCCUUUUGCCGCCGGCUUGGCGCAUGCGCUCUCCGCAGCUAUGUCGCCGCCAGACCACGUGACUCGUCGCGCGCCUGGCUAAGAGGCGCGCCACGCUUGCCUAGGCAGUGCGAGCUUGGCCACGGAUGAGAGCGAGGCCGGCCCGUCUUCUCUGAGCGUUGCGCGGGAGCCUUUGAGCCGUCGUUGCCAAGCGGAGUGUAACCACCCCCGCGGUCAUCGCCCGAUCUGAAGUUCGGGGCCAAGCAGUAGGAAAGCACGGGUCAAGGUUAUUUACUGAACGAUACAGUUCCGUUCCCAUAAGUGACUGCGCUAACCCGCGUUGGCAGUGGCAUCAAGGAAGAAAAAAGGAAGCAAUUCCACCGAUACACAAGCUUCCUACCGUGCGUACGGCAAGAACAUUGAUUCGCAUAGCAAGCAAAGCAGCACCUGCCUACGUUAUACCGCAAAUAUGAAAAUGAGCGGCUCGUGUUCAAGAAUGACUGGAAUGCAGAGAACACCGCUGACAUUCGCAUUAACUGUGCUUUCGGUGCUUUUAUCAACGACAGAAUCUGACGAGAUGGAUUCACUGAUGCUCACUGUUAUGUCUGCUCUGGAUGUGCCUGCAUCUCGCGUUGCUCUGUUCUGCUCGAGGGGCAGCUGCAUGUUUCCAGGAAAAGUCGCCAGGAAUUUUACCGUAGCAAGCUCGGUCUGGACCUGCACGACAGGCUCGUGUUACGCUUCUUUCCGUCACUACGUGGCGCAAGAGGACGUAUUUGCAAGACCGGGGUUUGUCUUUCUACCAGGUCACAGGUCGCUCCCCUCUCGCCUUUCACGCGAAGUGGCACGGUUCCAGAAGUACUACUCGAACGUCCAGUGGAUAUUUUCGGUGGACCAACACGAAGACCUGCUGAGAGAGUUAAAGCCAAAAUGUCAGGUGCUUACCGUGAGUGAAAACGAGAUCAACGCGCCUCGAGAUGGAUACAGAUCCUGCGAGGAACGUGAAAUAUUCAGAAACGCAGACUCGAUCACAACAGACCGUUCGCCACCUAGAGGCACAUAUCCCAAGGACAGUCGAAUAAUUUACACGUUAUUCGACGGGCGUAAUAACAACUGCGGGAAGGAAAGAUUUCUGUACAUCCCUAUAAUUAGGGAAGCGUAUGCCGAACUUAACAACACGAUGGUUGAAUCAUGUAGCAGUUCCACCGGCACUGAUUCGCUUCUCCUUGACCGAAACGUUGAUAUGGUCCUCGGCCCACGUCCCGUUAAGUGUUCGCUUCGUUGUUACUUCUACGCGUACGCCGUACGGCAGCCGGAGGCAUUCUGCAUGCUUGUCCGUCGCAGGCGUCCGGUGCAUCCAUCUUUCACUGACAACUGGCUUUCGUUCUUCGUCCUCUGUUGCACGUUGAUGCCCGUUGCAAUGACGUUCUCGCUGAUAAUCACCGUCAGGCGUCGCAUUAACCCCGACCGAACGAUCGGAUUUUCGUCGGUCGGGCUUUUCCUGGUGAGCACGUUCCUCGGCCGGAGCCCGCCGCGAGGCCUGGGUCCAAGCUCUGCGCCCGCAGGCGUGAUGAUUGCCGCCUGGAUGAUGGGCACGUUCUUUCUCUUGAACUUCGUCCAGACGGAGAUAACAGCGUCUCGCGCGGUUCCCGAGUACUCGCCGGAAAUAAAAGAAGUCGACGAGCUCACAGCGCCUCUUAACGCUGGAAGGGUCCUACUGUGCACUAAUGAACAAGUGGCCAGCCGUCUUCGAGAUGUCGUCUCGGACGUGUCGUUUUUGGCAUCCCUGCGAAGAGCCGCCGACAGCUGCAAUCGAGAUUGUUUCGCUCCUUUUUCUUGGGAUUAUUGUACUGACAAGAUUAAGAGGGGCACUCAUGUCGGGCUAAUUCCAUGCGUCGUACCGUUGCUGGCACGGGCAUUCAAGAGCGGAAUAGAGCCGGUUAAGGAUCGCUUCCUGUCACACUUCGGAUGGUCAGCGGUGCACGGUAGAUUCUCCCUGCGGCACCAACACCGACGAUUGCUGAUGGCGCUGGAAGAAUCGGGCCUGAGAUGUGCUCUCUCCUUCUUGACACUGGCUGUAGAGGCAGCGUGCCAUCGUUUUUACAACGUUAAUCGCGGACGCCCGCAAGCCCGCCUGCAUCCUUUUCAUGUGAACCUGGACUGAAUGGUCUGCAAUCUGACCUGCAACGCUGCAUGGUUCAUUAGGUUGUAGCCACUGGAACAUUUAAAACAACGCAAGGCUAAAUGAGCACUGAAGAAAAAAAACAUUUUGAGCUCUAUUAGUAAAUUACGCUUCUACAAAACAAAAAAAAAGACGCUGUUACCUUGAGAGAACGCUUGAUAAGCCAUAAACUGGGCAAAAACGACAGACAGGGGGCGACACCGCGUUGGUGUUUCCGCAUCAGCUUGCUGAAACCUCAUGGAUUUUGAUGGCGUCCGCUAGACCCUAAAGCUAAUUCUUUUCCCGGUAAAUAUAAAGAGAAUUGUGUUUAAAGAAGCCACAAAUUGAACUUGGAUAGUUUUGAGAAAUUGGCUGAGCCACCACGGCUAAAGAGCUUUGAAAUCACGCCGAUGUGCCGGUGAUGGAGUUUUGGUUCCAAAUUAGAAAAAAAAAGUUUGCCAUUGAUUUUCUCUGUUUAGCAGCUGGCCUAUUGCAGCAAAAUCAAGUAAAAAUAGGGUUGUAAAAGAAUACUUUGUCAUUUGGUACAAAUGCUUGCUUUCAGUGUCUCUUACGUGGGGACUGUGACCAUAAGCUUAGGUCGGCAGCAUACGCGGAUGCUCACUUAUAUUCCCUCCCCAAUGAUA